GGCUACUUUACACUGAUUGUAAGCAAGUUCGUUAAGAGGUACCUAGUUAUCCUUCGCGCAGUGCAUGAUGUCUACGCUCCACUCCUCAUCAUUGGACCAAAUGUGGUGGUUAAGCUUUCCCAGUAGUGGGACGAUCUCUAGAUCUGGCGCUAAAGCUGCAAAGGCCGCAUCUACAUGUGAGAUCUAGACGCAUCGAAUAGCAUCGCCCGGGUGGAAGACAGCUGGCAACGUCAUAGGCCGGGCGCUUUCGAAGUGCUUACAGUACAUGUAGCUAGCAACAUAAGACUGAGAAAGCUGGACAAGCGUCUCUACCCCUCGAUUAUCGUUCGAUGUUCACAUGAGGGGAAGCAGUAGUAGACUUCUUGUUACCUGUGUAUUUAAGUAAGAGCUGAACGAUGAGUACCCCGCCUGUUGAAUUCAGCUCUGCGGCCCUUCAGACCUCGGGCACUCUCGUACCUGUACCUCCGAUCGCCGAGAUAGCAUCUACAUCGCGGAUCACAAAGGCAGCAGACGACCUAGCAUCACGGCUUACGACUGCGAGGGUCACAGAUAGAAUAGAGCCAAGCUACUGGUGGGAAAUCGGACUGUCGACCUUCGCGAUGGAGAGCUUGACGCCUGUCGUUCAGGCUGUUAGUAUACUUGCCUCUGCGAUAGCUGCUGGCACGAACAUCAGUACGUCGAUCCUCACGAUCCCGGCGCUGCUCCAAACGACAGACGCGAAUACGCUCGCAAGACAAUGGCACAAGUUGUACACGGCCGGCAUUGUACCCAUGAUAUCUCUUGCGAUGGGCUCAUCGGUGGGCUUCGCGGUGCUGGCUUGGAGGUCGACGCUCGCGCCUAGGCUUGCGGUGGACGGAUACGGGGUGAGCAAUGUGAGGAGGAACUUGUACGUGGGCGCUACGGUAGCUAUGGCGGGACUGGGACCGUAUACGUUGGGGUUGAUGGGCGGUGUCAUUCAGGAGCUUACGGUUAGGGCGACGGGGCGGGCGAAAGGUGUGAGCCAGGUUAAGAAGGGUGGUGCUGCUGCUACAAAUUCUGAGCUUGUGGAGACGCGACAGUUGGUGGAGAGCUGGGGGAGGUUGAAUUUCUGGAGGGGGAUCAUGCUGUUGACCGGGGCCGGCAUGGGAGUCGCGGCGACGUUGAGUUGAAUUGAGCGUAGUGUUCGGGUUUGAGGAGGAAGGGAGAGAGGGUGAUCGACGAAGAUGUGCGAGUAGUGUUGACGUUGCUUUCUUUCGUCCGUGAGUACCUACAUACACCAAUAAUGCGAUGAUGAUAGAAAAACGAGUGGGUAUCAUCACGUGAUAUAUGGGGUUAGUUCCAACACGAAACAACUCGUCGUAGGCCUCGGCUUUCAACAAUGCCCGAAGUAUGAGUCUGCUUUACAAUUCGAAUUGCGAAUUCUGACAACAAUGAUGAGAUUUUGAGCGAUAUUUUGUCGA